GAAAAUUAAAUCUUGCACCCCCCCCCUUCCAUUCAUUUGGCUCUUUGACUCAUACGAACAAAGCCUCCUAUCGCUUUAAAGAAACCACGACUCGGUUUCGGAAGACCCACUGGGAAAUUUUUUUACUAGGCGUCUCGUAGGAGUAGCCAUUAUUAUUAUAACCCAGUUCUACUCUACCAAUUGAGAGGUAGUUACUGUAAAGUUUACACACAACUUCUACCAAGCCAUCAUCUACAUUUCGAGAAUUACACCAUGUCGACUUUCGGAGAGGCCUUUCGGGUCACCACUUAUGGAGAGUCCCAUUGUCGUUCCGUAGGAUGUAUCGUCGACGGCUGCCCCCCGGGCAUGGAACUCACCGAGGACGAUAUCCAACCCCAGAUGAACCGUCGCCGCCCGGGUCAGAGCAGUAUCACGACUCCCCGGAAUGAGAAAGACCGAGUCGCUAUACAAUCCGGUACCGAGUUUGGUAUUACCCUUGGCACUCCGAUUGGUCUAGUAGUUCUCAACGAAGAUCAGAGACCGAAAGACUACGGGAACAAGACGAUGGACCUCUACCCACGACCCAGUCACGCCGAUUGGACUUACCUGGAGAAGUAUGGUGUCAAGGCAAGCAGUGGUGGUGGGAGAAGCUCGGCCCGUGAGACUAUUGGUAGAGUAGCAGCUGGUGCCAUCGCCGAGAAGUACCUUAAACUCGCUUAUGGUGUUGAAAUCACUGCUUUCGUCACAUCCGUUGGCUCCAUUCACAUGUUCCCGCCCACACCCGAAUACCCGACCCCGAGUCAAAAUCCCGCAUUCAUGGAGCUAAUUCAGAAUAUCGACCGCGAAACAGUCGACAAGUUCUUGCCCGUAAGAUGUCCGGAUGAGCAGGCUUCGCAGAAGAUGGCAGAUUACAUUGCCGAAUUCAAAGAGCGCAACGACAGCAUUGGUGGAACCGUAACCUGUGUCAUCAAGAACGUGCCAAGCGGUUUGGGGGAGCCGUGCUUUGACAAGCUGGAGGCGAAGCUCGGACACGCCAUGCUCAGCAUACCAGCGACUAAGGGCUUUGAAAUUGGUUCCGGUUUCGGUGGUUGCGAGGUGCCGGGAUCUAUUCACAAUGACCCCUUUAUCAGGGCCCCGGAGACCCCUGCUAGCCCGGGUACCGGUGCUGGGCUAGCUGGAACUCCCAGGCCUAAACUUACAACUAAGACGAACAACUCGGGAGGUAUUCAGGGUGGCAUCUCGAACGGUGCUCCUAUCUACUUCCGAGUCGCCUUCAAGCCGCCUGCCACCAUCAGUCAGGCACAGACGACAGCGACCUACGACGGAGAGUCGGAAGGUGUGCUAGAAGCUAAGGGAAGACACGACCCUUGCGUGGUUCCCAGGGCGGUUCCCAUCGUCGAGGCCAUGGCGGCGUUGGUAGUUAUGGAUGCGCUGUUGCAGCAGAUGGGACGACACGAAGCGAGGAGACAUCUCCCUCCUCUAAAGCAAACUGUGCCGCCGGCGGAUAGUGGCGUUUCUAGGGAUACAAAACAAUAA